AAUAUAUACUGUAUAGUGCAAGAGAUUUAUUGACUGAAUAAAAUACGCUUAUUUUAACCAAUACUUUAUUCAAUUCAUAACUAAACGAACUUACAGUGGUUUAUAAUCGGGUACUGAUCAAAUACGAAAUGUCAAAGUAAAACUGAACAAAAUAAUUGUCAAAGAUGGCGGCCUCCAGAAACAACGUGAGUGUCAACAAAAACAAAUCCUCGGAUCUCCUUGCACUGGAAAGAACAGACAAUGCCAAUCAUUUAGAGAGUGUAUUGGAUCUGAAAAAGAAGCCAGACAAAAGAGAGAUGAAAACAUUUAAACUUCCUCCAAGCUCAAUUUUGUCACAAGUAAAAAGUUUCUUACCUCAGAUGAAAAUGGCCAAUCAAGAGCUGCAAAACAGACCUGCUGAAGAAAUCGACAUAGAGCAUGUAUCAGACGACCAAGAUCGCUUCAUAGAAAUGAACAUUGCUGUGGUAGAGCAAAGUAGUGAUUUUUCGGAGGACAAUGAUUCAGAGCAUUCUAGUGACUCAGAUUCUGAUAAUUCUGAUGCAGAUGAAUGUUUAAUGGGAAAAGUGACAGAAAAUAAUCUACGAAUUAACAAAAGGACAAAACACAAACCAGACAUUGUGGAACUUUCUAACAAACUGGAACACAGCAGUAAAGUUGAGAUUUGUGAUUUGAAUGGUGAUAAUGGAUAAACCUAUAGAAAAUCAUAAUUGGUUGCAUAAAUUGGCAUUAAUGGUUUUUAUCUCAAACAGCAGGCCGGCUUAGAGAUAUUUUCCAAGGUUAUAUGUACUAAAUUUACAUUAAUGUACAUUAGAUGUUUUGAGCUUUUCAAGUGACAUCUGUUAAAUAAAAGUACAUGUACCAGGAUAGAGUCUAAAUAUAUUAUAUAAUUUGUACCACAAAACCAUGAAAACAGAGGGCUCUAAUCUUAAAGGGAAUGUAAAUGGAGUAAUGUAGAAAUUAUGAUCAAAGUCAAGCUGCUUAUGAAAUAAAUUCAAAUGUACAUUAACUUGUAGAGAAAAAAAUUGGUGUAUGGCUUGGGUUGUAUUGGAACAGUAUAUGCACUGUUAAAAAUUUAUAUUGAUUCUUGUUUUUUAUUUUUUAUCUCUAUAAAAUUUCACAAAAUAAAAAUUUUGAAACAUGAUGAAAAAAAA